CCCCCCCCGGUCGAGAAGGCCGAAAUGCGGGGUCGGUUCGGUGUCUGUUUCGGUGGCCUCGUGGGGCAGUGAUCACCAGGAAAAAGACAUGCACUAUUCGGAGGUGUCGGAAUUUGAAUUCGCUUCGCCUUCCUCGGGGUGGUCGGAAAAGGUCAGCUGGUCGUCGGAAUCGGAAAAGCCGCUCGGGUGGGAAAUCCGAGAAGAACCAUACAAGAAGCAUUCCGAAAAGAGUCACAGAUGGCUUCCACAUCAAAGGGCCAGCCACAAAAAGGAGUAACUCUGACACUACAGCUUACAGCCAACCUUCAGCACACACCCGUCUUCCUGCUAGCAACUGACGCAUUCGAUACGAGCUGCCAACAUGUCUUCCAGUGCAGAGUACCCUGCGUCCAAUCGCACCUGGCAAAUCAUUCACAAUGCCAGGAAGGGUGGAUAUGCGGUCGGAGGCUUCUGCGUCUACAACACCGAAGGUGUGCUAGCCGUUAUCAAGGCGGCCGAGCGAUGCCGAUCCCCGGCGAUGAUCCAGUUCUUCCCAUGGACCAUGCACUUCCAGGGUCCCGAGUUCAUCAGGUACGCCGCAGAUGUGGCGCACAAGGCUUCGGUCCCCAUCUCAGUUCACCUGGACCAUUGUCUCAAGCCCGAGGAUGCUGACCAGGCGCUCGAGUGCGCUUUUGACUCCAUCAUGGUCGACGGCUCGCUAUUCGAUGAGGCGGAGAGCAUUGCCUAUGUCAAGUCGGUCGUGGACCGCGCCAAAGCUAAGGGUAUCACCAUCGAGGCGGAGCUCGGGCGAAUGGAGGGAGGAGAAGAUGGGUUGCCGACCAUUGACCUGGAGACCGUCUGGACCGACCCCGAGAAGGCGGCCCAAUUCGUCAAGGAGACCGGGGUGCACUUCCUCGCCCCCAGCUUCGGCAAUGUCCACGGACCGUACCCCCCGGGUGGUGCGGAGAAGCACUGGCAAUUGGACCGGCUAGAGAAGAUCCACAAGGCCGUGGGUGACGAGACACCCUUGGUCCUGCAUGGCACGCAUCCGCUCUCGGACAAAAUGGUGCAGGUCGCCAUGGACCAUGGAAUGGUCAAGGUCAACCAGAACCGGAAUGUGCGGAAUGGGUACCACCAGUACAUAGAGGAGAACGCAGCCAAGGUCGAGCUCACCACGCUGCAGACUCAGGGCGUCGAGAUCUAUUCGCAGGGCGUGGAGCGGCUCAUGGUGGAGGUGUUCAAGUCGGCCGGCAAGGCCUAGAAAGCACCUAGGAAGACGGCACAAUCCGCCAGAACAAAUAGAAUUACUGAGAGGUCAUCGAA